AUGGACGCUCGUGAAGCAGCCUUACGAUCAGCUAUCAGCGAUCUCAACACAGGUGUUUAUUCUAGCCAGCGAGCUGCAGCUAAGGCGUACGGUAUCCCUCGGUCAACUCUCUCGACGCGCCUAAAUGGCGUCACCAACAGACGCAUUAGCCAUCAGCACCGGCAGCGGCUGACCCCUCUACAAGAGGAUUUCCUCGUUGACUGGAUCCUCGAAGAGGACGCUCGCGGCUACCCCCCUCCACACGCGCGCGCGCGAGAAAUGGCGAAUCGAAUCCUGCGUAUGAAUGGCGACGCUCAGCCUGUUGGCAAGCUCUGGGUCUCCUACUUCAUUAAGCGCCAGCCACGCGUCGCCUCAGUUAUCGGCCGGAAGAUCGACGCUCAGAGAGUUGAGGCGUCUACGUCAGAUCAGCUGCGCGCGUUCCUUGAGCACUAUGAGCAGACGCGAGAGCGCCUCAGUAUACAGGCAGAGAAUACAUAUAAUAUGGAUGAGACAGGGAUCGCCCUAGGCGUAUGUACGAAUACUAGAGUCCUUGCUAGAGCAUCAAAGAAGAAGGCUGACGUUAAGUCGCCAGAGAAUCGCGACCAUAUUAGUCUAGACUUCCUCCUGCUCUGCAAACAGCACAAGGUCUACCUCCUUUAUCUACCUGCGCACUCCUCACACGUCCUACAGCCUCUAGACCUUGCUCUAUUCUCUGUUAUUAAGUCAAGUUACCGCCGGCAGAUCCAGGACCUAGCCUCGCUCGACGACGCAGCGCCUGUAAAGAAGGAGCGCUUUAUUACCUGCUACUAUCAAGCUAGAGAGGAAGGCUUUACAGAGCGUGUGAUUCGAGCUGGCUGGCGAGCUGCUGGCCUCUGCCUAUUUAAUAUCAAUCACGUGCUUAGCUCAUCGCAAGUCUCGCAGCAGCCAGCUACACCUCUACGCCCAAAGCGACCUCGAUCACCUAUCGAGGCCUUCCUCUCUACACCCUAG